AUGGAAUUAUUUGCUGUUCAGAAAGAAGGACGUUCGAAAACUGCAAGUCAUUUCAGUUGCACGAAGGAACGCGCUGAGAUCGCACUGAGAUCAACGAUGUUUCAUCUAGGGUCUGGUCAUUUCAUUCUGUUGGCAGCGCUUGUUAUGGGAUCAAGUUAUGCGAUAAAGUGCGUGGAUGACACACAAGGCGGUAAGAUCGUAGCAUGUCCCAGCAAUAAUCCGUACUGUCUUCGGAUGAAAGGCAAGAGUAUCAUUAACAGAUCGUGGGUUGUUAUGAGAAGCUGUUAUGAUCCAGAAAUGCUGGAUUUUUGUAACCACCAACGAAUACCUGAGGGUUACCGUACUAAACGCAAAAUACGCAAUAUCGACGGUUCGUUCCUUUACGUUUCAUGCUGCAACGAUCAAUCACCUGGAUGUAAUCGCAGUCCGACGUUAACGUCAAACGUUCAACUUUNAUUUCUUGCUAAAUGUUUCUGA